AUGCCUGAGAAUGAUUUGCAGAAUCUGCCGGAUCCCGGUAUUUCGCCGCUGUUCUGGCAGGGUGAUGCGCAGAUUGUUGGUUUUCGAAACUCAGAACAUCUGGGGCCAACACGGAAAAUUGAGGCGGGUGACAAGGUGUUUGCUCUGCCCCGCGAUGAGGUUGAUCUGGGUGACGUCACCUUCUCUGCCGAGGGUGUCACCAUGACCGUCGAUCAAUAUCUGGAAAAAGAGCGCAUCGGUGGCUUGCUGGUGGUCAAAGACGGCAAAAUCCUCUUUGAGCGUUAUGGCCUGGGUAACACGCCGGACACGCGCUGGGUGUCGUUUUCGGUGUCGAAGUCUGUUGUGGCGAUGCUGUUUGGUGCCGCCAUCAAAGAUGGCUACAUAAAAAGUGUUGAUGAGAAAGUAACCGAUUAUCUGCCGCGACUGAAAGGCUCUGUAUAUGAUCAGUCGAGUAUCAGAAACCUGCUGCAGAUGGCAUCUGGUGUGGCCUGGAACGAAGACUACGCCGAUCCGAACUCUGACGUGGCUCAGGCGACCUAUGAGACGCUGGCGCUUUACGAUUAUCUGGCGGAUAAGCCACGUGACGCCAAGCCCGGCGAGAAGUUUAAUUACAAUACUGCGGAAACCAAUCUUGCGGGUACGUUGCUGCGCUCUGCUAUCGGCAAUAACCUGUCUACCUAUCUAACAGAAAAAAUAUGGCGUCCAUUUGGCAUGGAAAGCGACGCGGCAUGGAACCUGACAGAGCCUGGUGGCGGCGAAUUUGGCGGCUGUUGUAUCAAUGCAACAUUACGGGAUUAUGCCCGGCUUGGACUGUUUGCUUUGAAUGACGGCAAACUGGCUGAUGGUACACCGAUGCUGGCCCCGGGCUGGAUGGCAGAGUCCACCGAACCUUCCAAGGGAUUUGCAGGCUAUGGUUACUUCUGGUGGUUAAGUGAGUCUGGUGCUUAUGAAGCCUCUGGCAUAUUCGGUCAGGGUAUUCAUAUCAAUCCUGAACACAAUGUGGUGAUUGCCAUUCACAGCGCCAGAAAGCAGGCCAGCGAUGAUCUGGGCUGGGCCCUGCAGGACGCUCUGUAUGUCGCGUUAACUGAGGCGGUUGCGCGAUAG